CUUUCGUGCAUUUCCGCCAUCACCUGGGUGAUGCUUUAAAAUGGCGGCCAUAAAAUUUGACACUGGAUCUGGAGGUUAUGCCUCUAAUUGCUUCCCAGUGAGAGGACUUAUACGUACAAAUGUUGAAGAGGGAGGAGCAUGGGUGAGUUCUCACAAGGCAGAACAGCGGAGGCGAUUCAAGGCUGUUCUAUGUAACAAACCCAAGACAUAUUCACAAAUAAAAGCAGAGAGAAAGCGCUCGGUGAAACAGGGGACUGUUAUGUCAGAGACUAUCAAUACAGAAGAUACUGAAGAUUUGGAGCUACUGGAUGGUUUCUUUCUGAUGAAACACUGUUGUGUUGAGGACCCAGCUGAUCUGUGUUCUGUAAAUAUUUGCAACCAGGGUCUAACUGAAGCAAAGGAAGAGGACCUUGCAUUGUUCGACAAUGUGGCUUAUGUAAACGCUGGCGAAAAUAUGCUGCCAUUUGAGGCAUUUAGGCACCUGCCUAUCCUGAGAGAGCUUGAGAUUCCAUUGAAUGGACUGAGAGGAAUUAGGAUCAAUGAUGGAGACUUCAACACCUUAGAGCUACUUGAUAUGUCAUACAACAAUCUGUCCAGGGAAGAUGCUGUUACUUUAGGGAUGUUACCUAACCUCAAAGUCCUUCACCUCACUGGUAAUGGCCUCACCUCUCUACCACCUGAUUUGACCAGACCCUAUCUCUCCAAUGAUUUGACCACUGAGAUGGACAGGUUUCCUAAAUUAGACAUUCUGAUGUUGGAUGACAACAAAUUCUCAGAUUCAUCAAUAUUUGCAUGCCUCGCAGGAUUAAAAAAGCUUCGACAUCUAAGUCUAGAAAGAAAUGAGAUAUCAAGUGUACCACAUUUAAAACUAGUCCCAGGAAAACACAUAGUUGAAGAAGUUAUCGAGAAGAAAAGAACAAGACCAAAAAGUCGAACUAAAAAUAGAAAGAAACCAGAAAAGGCUAAAUCAGAUGAUGCAUCUGCACCUUCAGCUGAAAGUGAGAAAGACAAAGAUCCAACCACAAGUGCAGUGACAUCACCUGAACCUGAAACAGAGACAUUCAGUGAAUAUGCCCCUACACCUGAUCUUAUCACAACCUCCAUGCCAACUGCCCCAUUUCCAGCUCUGGAGCAUCUCAACCUGGCCCAUAAUAAGAUAUCGGAGGAAGAAGUACUUCUGCCCCUUGCAGGUUGGCCUGAAUUGAAUGAGUUAGUGAUACAUGACAAUCCUUUAACAACACAGCGAAGUGGAGAUCCUCCAUUGCUACACAGAUUUUUACAAAAAAGACUUGGUAUCAAAAUAAUUAGAAAGAAAACAUCUCCCCUGUCAAAGCCACAUAUAGAGGUUCCAAACAAACCUCAGCGUAAAGUAAAUACCAAAGUGCCAACAAUUCCAAAACGCAAUGUAGACGAGCUGCUUGCAUUAGAGGCGCCACCUACAAACAAAACUAAAGAAGAAAUCGUAGCCGAGUUUAAACCACGUCCAACAUCACAGCCAAUAUAUGAAAUAGGUAAACCUCUUCCUCCUAUAGCAAGCCCCCAACCAGCUUCAGAUGGUGAUGAACCUGAAGAAGAAGAAGAGCAGCCAGAGGCACGUACAGAAGCCUGGGUGGAUGAGUCCAAUGACAAUGCUUUCUUCAUGACACAGGUUGAUGGACAAAAUGCAAACACAGAAGUCACAGAGGACAAACAGGAGAAAAAGAAGAAAAGAAAAAAGAAAAUACCUGCAAAAUAUCGGGGUUACAACGUCUUACUUGAUGGUGCUGAUGAUGCUGAAAUUCACGUACCUCAAGGCAUACAGAACAAUAUUAGAGCGCUACAACAUGCGUUGAAUCACCCACUGGUGUUCAGAGAUAACCAAGUACACCUUGACCACAGACAGAAACCAUUCAAACCACAUGUUAAGACGGCUGUACCUACUAGUGUCGAGAGAGUGUCCGAGCAACAGAAGAUCGAUGCAGUUCUACAUCAGAUGAAAACACAGAAGAACAUAAAAGAGGACAAUUUACAGAGUGUCCUAGAUGAGGGCAAAUUUGAGGACUUUCCUGAAGCCCAAGUCUUGUUAUCCCAGAUUCAACACCGCUAUAACAAUGUUAGAGCCAGUUCCAUGAAGAAUACUAGAGAUGCUAAAGAACAGUUGAAAUCCACCAUACAAGCAGUUGGACAUUGA